AAUUAGUGAGAAUUUAUUAAAUUUUUAAUUAUAAAGUUGUCUACAUCGGACUAAAUAAAAAAAAAAAAAAGAAACAGCGAAAGCGCUUCUUCUCCUUCAAACAGUCUUCUCUCUCUCUCUCUCUCUCUCUCUCUCUCACUCUCUAACCUUCUUCCCCUCCAUGCCAUGUGGGGGUCUCUUCUCUUCUGCAACACUGAGCUCUCUGCUCCUGUAAUGGCGACAACCCCGCUCCCCCCUCCCUCCCUCUCACUCUCUCUUUAACCAAUACGUAUACCCUUUCCACACUCUUAUUAUUCAACCCCUCAAUGGCUGCUGCCGCCUCUGCACUUCUCUUCCUCGCCGUUCUUUGUUCGCCACUGCUCGCUGCUGGACGGCGCAGCCCCGAGAACGUCGCCGAGAUAGACUCCCUCACCGCGUUCAGGCUCGGCCUCCGCGACCCCCUCGGCGCCCUCUCUGGCUGGGACGCCUCCACCCCCGCCGCCCCCUGCGACUGGCGCGGCGUCUCCUGCACUGCCGGCCGCGUCACCGAGAUCCGCCUCCCCCGGCUGCAGCUCUCCGGACGCAUCGCCGACCGCCUCUCCGACCUUCGCAUGCUCUGGAAGCUCAGCCUACGGUCCAACUAUUUCAACGGCAACAUCCCCCCCUCGUUCUCGAAGCUCACCCUCCUCCGGUCCGUCUUCCUUCAGUACAACUCCCUCUCCGGCGGCCUUCCUCAGGAGAUCGGCAACCUCACUAACCUCGAGGUUCUCAACCUUGCCCAGAACCGCCUCUCUGGUGAGAUCUCCAGCGACCUACCCCCGCGACUCCAGUACCUCGACCUGUCGUCGAACUCCUUCUCCGGCGACAUUCCACGGAGCAUCGCUAACCUCUCUCAGCUCCAGCUCGUCAAUCUCUCCUACAACAACUUCUCCGGCCAAAUACCUCCGUUCUUCGGCGAGCUUCAGAGCCUCCAGUACCUCUGGUUCGACCACAAUCUCCUCGACGGAACCCUGCCGUCUGCUCUCGCCAACUGCUCCUCGCUAGUGCAAUUGAGCGCCGAGGGCAAUGGUCUCAGUGGUGUGGUCCCUGCCGCCAUUGGAGCCCUACCGAAGCUCCAGGUAGUCUCUCUCUCGCGGAAUAAUCUCUCCGGGCCGGUCUCGUCCUCUCUGUUCUGCAACUCCUCCGGUAACUCUUCGCCGUCUCUUAGGAUCGUUCGAAUUGCGUUCAAUGCGCUCACAGGCAUUGUUGGACCGGAGAGCCUGCCCUGCUAUAGCAGCCUCCAGAUUUUGGAUCUACAGGAGAAUUCGGUUGAAGGCGGCUUUCCAAUUUGGUUAACCGGUUUAUCGAACUUGACUCUGCUCGAUUUUUCGAGGAACUUGUUUUCCGGUCCAUUGCCUGAUGAGAUUGGGAAUUUAUCUAAGCUCGAAGAGUUGAGGAUGGCGAAUAAUUCCUUCGCAGGUGCAGUUCCUGCUGGAAUCGGGAAAUGUAGCUUGCUCCGAGUUCUUGAUCUAGAAGGCAACAUGUUCAAUGGGAAGAUUCCUGCAUUCUUGAGAGAAAUCAGAGGUUUGAGGGUAUUAUCGCUAGGAGGUAAUCACUUUUCGGGUUCGUUUCCAGUGAGUUUCGCUAGUCUGUCCGGGCUUGAGACGUUGAAUUUGAGCGGCAACCGCCUGAGUGGGAGUUUGCCUGAGGAGCUGAUGGGGUUGAGCAAUCUGACCAUUCUGGACCUCAGCCAAAAUGAGUUCUCGGGUCAAAUUCCAGCAAAUAUCGGGAAACUGAGUGGGCUCCUGGAGCUGAAUAUGAGCGGCAAUGGCUUCUCAGGGUCGAUCCCAAUUGGUAUCGGAGACCUAUUUAAGCUGACAACACUUGAUCUGAGCAAACAGAAUUUGUCGGGUGAGUUACCGAUGGAGCUUGCCGGGUUGCCAAACUUGCAGGUGAUUGCACUGCAGCAGAAUUCGUUGUCUGGUAAUGUCCCUGAAGGGUUUAGCAGUUUGAUGGGUUUGCAGUACUUCAACCUGAGCUCGAACUCAUUCUCCGGUCGAAUUCCGCCAACAUUUGGCUUUCUCCAGUCGCUGGUCGUUCUGUCUCUAUCUGGGAAUCACAUCUCCGGUCCGAUCCCUGAGGAGCUUGGAAACUGCUCUAAUCUGGAAGUUCUUGAUUUGAGCUUGAACUCUCUGUCUGGUCGAAUUCCAGCUGAUCUCUCUGAGUUAUCACACUUGAGGGUGAUUGACUUGGGAAGCAACAAUUUGACUGGUGAAAUCCCGGCGGAGAUAUCGAAAUGUUCUGCUCUGACUUCUCUGACUGUGGACUCGAAUCACCUCUCAGACUCCAUACCGGAGUCUCUCACUGAACUGUCGAAUCUAACCUCACUCGACCUCUCAAUGAACAAUCUCAGCGGGGAGAUUCCUGCUAAUCUUACGCGAAUCUCGGGCCUGGUGUAUUUCAAUGUCUCUGGGAACAAUCUUGAGGGUGAGAUCCCAACUCCGCUUGGAUCUCGAUUCAACUCAUCUUCGUUUGCGAAUAAUCAGAACCUGUGUGGCAAGCCCCUGGCCCGAAAGUGCAAGAAUGCGGCGGGGAAGAACAGGAGGAAGAGGCUGAUUAUGCUGAUUGCCGUGGUUGUUUCUGGGGCAGUCUUGCUCUCGCUCUGCUGCUGCUUCUACAUCUUCAGCCUCCUGAGGUGGCGGAAGAGGCUCAGGGAACAGGCAUCGGGAGAAAAGAAAUCGAGCCCGGCCCGGGCAAGUUCCAGGUCUAGCGGAGGAGGAGCUCGCCGAAGCUCCGAGAAUGGGGUCCCGAAGCUCAUUAUGUUCAACAACAGGAUCACCUUGGCCGAAACAAUAGAGGCCACCAGACAGUUUGAUGAGGAGAAUGUGUUGAGCAGGACGAGAUACGGUCUCGCGUUCAAGGCGUGCUACCAUGAUGGGAUGGUCCUCUCCAUCCGAAGGCUCCCAGGCGGCGCCCAGAUACUAGAGGAGAAUGUUUUCAGGAAGGAGGCCGAGGCACUGGGCAAGGUGAAGCACCGCAAUUUGACCGUGCUACGAGGGUACUAUGCAGGUCCGCCCGACCUGCGGUUACUGGUCUAUGAUUACAUGCCGAACGGGAACCUGGCGACGCUCCUUCAGGAGGCAGCCCACCAGGAUGGCCAUGUCCUCAACUGGCCAAUGCGCCACCUCAUUGCCCUCGGAGUGGCCCGUGGCCUCAGCUUCCUACACACAUGCUCGGUAGUCCAUGGAGACUUGAAACCCCAGAACGUCCUCUUCGAUGCCGACUUUGAGGCCCAUCUAUCUGAUUUUGGCCUCGAGCGGCUCACUGCAGCAACUGCAACCAGCCAGCCUGAGGCUGCCUCCUCCUCCACUGCAGUCGGGACACUCGGGUAUGUUUCCCCUGAAGCAAUCCUCACGGGGGAGGCAACAAAGGAGUCUGAUGUCUACAGCUUCGGGAUCGUCUUGCUUGAGCUGUUGACCGGAAAGAGGCCGGUGAUGUUCACCCAGGACGAGGAUAUAGUGAAGUGGGUGAAGAAGCAGCUGCAAAAGGGGCAGAUAACCGAGCUAUUGGAGCCGGGGCUGCUCGAGCUCGACCCGGAGUCGUCGGAGUGGGAGGAGUUCCUGCUCGGGGUCAAGGUCGGGCUUCUCUGUACCGCCCCGGACCCGCUCGACAGGCCAACCAUGUCCGACGUAGUCUUCAUGCUCGAGGGCUGCCGGGUGGGGCCUGACAUUCCCUCAUCCGCCGACCCGACCUCCCAGCCGUCGCCGGCGUAACGUACCCGAACUGACCCGGAACCCGGGUAUCCGCCGUUAACUUCACGUCCAUGUAACCCCUAGGUUGAUUUUUUUUUUCUUUUUAAAAAUUAAAUUCUUUUCAAUUAGGGUUUUGGAUGGGUUUGGUUGUCUUCUU